AUUUCCUUAACUCUGUGGGACCAAAACUGGAUGAUUUCAUCUGGACUGGAUUAAACAAAGGCGCACAGAACCUCGGCUGAUCCAGAACCAGAACCGGACCUCAGCUAUCAACCUUCAACCAGACCCCCAGGAGGAAGACCCUCUCCUCAUCCUCAUUCGUCCCUCUUCCUCACUGAAUCAUGCUGCAUGAGGCUGAGCUGAGUUAAUCACAGCCAAAGACGUGAUGUCGUUGUGUCGCCCCCUGCUGGUUACCUGGGCGCUGCUCACCUGCUCAGUCCGGAGCCAGAGCUGGAGGCCGUGCACAGACCUGUUCCCUAUCGACCUGUUGGCCAGAGCCCUGCCACCCCCCGGACAAACCACGCCCACUCAGGUCCAGAUGGUUCAGUCCAGAGGGUCCAGAGGUAUCAGACUGACCAGCCCAGCUCUGAGUUUUACCGCCUCGCAGAUCUUCACCAACUGCGACUAUUUUCCUUCUGAGUUUUCAUUGGUUGCCACUCUGAAGAUACAGAGACUCAGAAUGAAGACAAGUCAGUACAUCCUCUCUGUAGUGAAGGAAGGAUCUGCAUCACUGUUGCUGGGGCUACGCAUCUCUGAGAACCGUCUUCACCUUCUGAGCACGCCUCCAGGUGCUGGGGGGCGGCGAAGGAUCAGUUUUAAAAACGUUGGACUGGAAGACAACAGAUGGCACACCCUGGUUCUGGCUGUGACUGGUCGUUACGCCACGUUGACCGUUGACUGUGGACUCCCUGUGGAGCUUAAACAGGUCCAGUCCUUCCCCAGUACUCUGAACACCCAAGGGUCCAGGUUCUUCAUCGGCAGCAGAGGACACUGGAAGGGACGCUUCACUGGUCUGCUUCGUCAGCUGGUUCUGCUUCCAGGCUCAGAUGCCACGCCCAGACUUUGUCCCAACUCUGAACCCAGUCUGGCAGAGCUGUCCGUCCCCCAGGUCAUCAGGUCCUCCCCACUCCAGCCGGACCAGCAGGGCUCAGUUUAUCCCUACGAGGCCGAGGCCCGGGUGACUGCAGGAGAUCGUCCUCCUUGUUCGGGACCAGAGAAAGGUCAGCUGUGGUUCAACGUUCAGAGGAAAGGUCUGUUCAUCUGCGACGGCAGGAUGUGGAGGACGCUGCUGCAGAGUAAGGAGCGUCUGGACUAUGUGGAGGACUACCAGGACCUGUACACCCGCUCAGAAACCUUCGACGUGGAGGUCUUCUCCAUCCCAUCUGAGGGCCUGUUCAUGGCUGCGGCCAACAGGGACGCCCGGCCCGGCUCUGGUGUUUACAGAUGGAGGAAUGGGACGUUCCAGCUGUACCAGAACAUCAGCACUCAGGAAGCCCGAGCCUGGAAACAUUUCACCAUCAACGACAAGGUGUUCCUGGUGGUGGCGGACAUCAGGAAGGCCGAGCCGGAGCUGUCGGUCGUCUACCGCUGGAAUCGGCGGCAGAAACGUUUCCUUCGCUAUCAGACUCUGGAGACUCACGCUGCUCAGGACUGGGAGGCCUUUCAGAUCCACAACGACAGCUUCCUGGUGGUGGCCAAUCACAGGCGAGCCUCCAACCAUAACAUCCCCAGCGUGAUCUACAGGUGGAACCCUGAGACGAAGCUGUUUGAGGUGAACCAGACCUUGUCCACGUUUGGAGCCUACGACUGGGAGUUCUUCACCAUCGGACCGUACCAUUUCCUGGUGGUGGCCAACACCUUCGACGGUCAGACCACCACCAUCAGCUCCACCAUCUACAUCUGGCUGGACGGGUGUUUCCGGACCUUCCAGAACAUCACGACGGUCGGAGCAACCGACUGGGAGAUGUUCCAGAUCGACGGCAGGUUUUUCCUCGCCGUCGCCAACAGUCAGCAGCUCUCCAGCCGCGGCCCGAGCCUCUACAGCAUCAACUCCACCGUGUACGAGCUGAACAUGUUCACCCAGACCUUCAUCCGCUUCCAGGACAUCCUGACUCACAGCGCUGUGGACUGGGAGUUCUUCACCGUUGGAGACGAGAAGUUCCUGGUUGUGGCGAACUCCCACGACGGCAGUUCAUACUCUCUGAACAGCGUUGUCUACAGGUGGCAGGGCUACGAGGGCUUCGUCCCGGUCCACAGUCUGCCCACGUUCGGCUGCAGAGACUGGGAACACUUCAGCACCGACGAGGGCUCCUUCCUCCUCUACUCCAGCGCCACCUCCAGGCUCAGCAAGGUCUUCAGGCUGAGAACUUACUGAGCGGGUCUGGACCAGAACCACUGCUGACUUCAUGUCUCUGAGGACGGCACUUCAGGAGUCAGGCCGGCUCUGUUUGGUCCUUUCUCCUCGCCACAACCUCAAACUCUCUGAAGAAAAAAAAACUUUAUUUAUACAACAAAGCACUUUGUUAAACAAACUGACUUAUGAUAAGCUCUGCCGACCGUUUUAACCGGAUAAAAGGGCGAACUGUCCAGAAUUGAUCCAGAUUUAUGUUUCAAAUUCACAGCUUCCCUGUCAUGUGGUCUUGAUCAUUGGCUUUGCAGGAUUUCUGAAGACCUUUCAGCUUUGAACACGCCCUGAAAUCAAACAGAUGAAACUUGACACACAGGACACUCUACCAGAAGCAACGUGAACCGGGUCAGCAUCCUUUCUGUCCAAUCACAACAACUCUGGAUUGUCCAGAACCCUGUCUUCAGUUCUGCUUGUGGCGUUAAAGUUAUUCAUGUUGAGCAUUUUUCUACUUUCAAUAUAUGAGUCAUAUCUUCUUCAGUUGAGUCUGUGAGGCAGUCCACAACUGUUUUAAAGGUGCCGUGACAUCACUGUAUAAACUGUAUCAUGUAGUCUCACUGCAAAAAGAAAACUAACAGUACAAUAUUCUU